AUGGCUGCACCGCUUCCCGUGGUUCAGGGCAAGGUGGUGGGCAGGCCGGUGGACAUCGAACAGCCGCACCCGCACAGCGCCAUGCCCCAUCCCGUGCCACAGCCGGCCUUUCCGGAGCACCUGGAGGUCGCGCAGCUAGCUUGCAGAGAUGCUCAGCUUCCCCCAGAGAUCCGGCUCGGCUUCGUGAAGAAAGUUUACGGCAUCCUUGGGAUGAUGGUGGUGAUCACUUUCGGGAUCAGCUUGCCUUUUGUCUUCGCCACCCAGCCGACCCUGAACUUCUUUCACCAGCAUGUCUGGAUUCUCUACAUCGUCGGCGCGGUCUUCCUGGCCCAGCUGGUUUUCGACUUGGCCAUGUCCUGCCAGAUGUGCUGCGGUGGCACUGGCCUCAUUGAGAGCUACUUCCGCAUGAUGAAGACGGCACCCUGGAACUACUUGUACCUGACCACCUUCUCCUUGUGCUUCGGUGUGCUGGUGGGGUUCAUCUGUGCAAAGUACAAGGCGCAGUCGGUGGUGCUCGUCUUUGCGCUCACGGCGGUGCUCAUCAUCGCCCUCACGAUCUACGCCGUGCGCACCCAAGCGGACUUUACAGGCUGUGGUGCCUACAUCAUGGUUAUGAUCUUGGGGCUGAUCAUGCUCAUCCUUGUGUACUCCUUCUUCCCAGGCAGCGUCGUCGUCAAUAAGAUCAUCGCUGGAGUUGGAGCCAUGCUGUUCGGUUUCAUCAUUGUCUAUGACACCCAGCUAAUCUUCGGCUCUGCCUCUGCCGCUUUUGGCGGAGGCAAGCGCAACAUUGAGUACACGCUUGACAUGUAUGCUUUUGCUGCAUUCAACCUGUACCUGGAUUUUCUGAACUUCUUCCUCUACAUGCUCCAGCUUCUGGGUGAAAGAAGAUAG